CUGCAGCAACGUCACCUCACGGUGCUGGCCCAGCACCCAGGGCCUCAUAGUUAGAAAGUCACCCCGGAGCCAGUCUUCGUGCAGACAAGAUGUUUCUUACCGUGUACCUCAGCAACAAUGAGCAGCACUUUACCGAAGUCCCCGUGACCCCAGAAACGAUAUGCCGGGAUGUGGUGGACCUGUGCAAGGAGCCCGGCGAGAGCGACUGCCACCUGGCCGAAGUGUGGUGCGGCUCAGAACGCCCCGUCGCCGAUAACGAGCGGAUGUUCGACGUCCUGCAGAGGUUUGGGAGUCAGAGGAGCGAAGUGCGUUUCUUCCUGCGGCACGAGCGCCCCCCUGGCAGGGACUUCGUGAGUGGACCACGGCCUCAGGACCCAGCUUUGAAGAGAAAUGGCGUGAAAGUUCCUGGGGACCAUCGGAGGAAGGAGAACGGGGUUAAUAGUCCUAGGAUGGAUCUGACCCUCGCUGAGCUCCAGGAAAUGGCGUCUCGUCAGCAGCAGCAGAUAGAGGCCCAGCAGCAGAUGCUGGCGACGAAGGAGCAGCGCUUGAAGUUUCUGAAGCAGCAGGAUCAGCGGCAGCAGCAGCAGGCUGCCGAGCAGGAGAAGCUCCGGAGGCUGAAGGAGAUCGCCGAGAGCCAGGAAGCGAAGCUGAAGAAAGUGAGAGCGCUCAAAGGCCACGUGGAGCAGAAGAGACUGAGCAACGGGAGGCUGGUGGAGGAAAUUGAGCAGAUGAACAGUCUGUUCCAGCAGAAGCAGAGGGAGCUGGUCCUGGCCAUGUCCAAAGUUGAGGAGCUGACGAGGCAGCUCGAGAUGCUCAAGAACGGCAGGAUUGACGGCCACCACGACAACCAGUCCGCCGUGGCCGAGCUCGACCGGCUGUACAAGGAGCUGCAGUUAAGAAACAAACUGAACCAGGAGCAGAAUGCCAAGCUGCAACAGCAGAGGGAGUGUUUGAAUAAGCGCAAUUCAGAGGUGGCGGUGAUGGACAGGCGUGUGAAUGAGCUGCGGGACCGGCUGUGGAAGAAGAAGGCGGCGCUGCAGCAGAAGGAGAACCUCCCCGUUUCACCUGAUGGGAACCUGCCUCCGCCAGGCGUGUCGGCGCCGAGUCGUGUGGCUGCCGUCGGUCCCUACAUCCAGUCGUCCACCAUGCCCCGGAUGCCCUCCCGGCCGGAACUGCUGGUGAAGCCGGCGCUGCCCGAUGGACCCUUGGCCGUGCAGCCUGCGGAGGGGCCCAUGAAAGUCCACACCCUGCCCAACAUGCGAUCCGGGGCCGCCGCGCAGACUAAAGGCUCCAAAGUCCAUUCACUCGGCCCCGACUGGAGUCCCCACGCAGACCUCUUCCCCAGCCAGGCCUCUGCCCCGAAAGGCGCCGGGAGUGCGCCCGACCCAGCUGAUGAUGGAGAGGCUCCGCCGAGGGAGAAGGAGAAGAAAGUGCGUCCCUUCUCGAUGUUCGACACGGUCGACCAGGCGGCCGCGCCCCCUGCCUUCGGGUCCCUGCGGAAGAACCAGAGCAGCGAGGACAUCCUGCGGGAUGCGCAGCUGAUGAUGGAGAGGUUCCGCCAAGGGAGAAGGAGAAGAAAGUGCGUCCCUUCUCGAUGUUCGACACGGUCGACCAGGCGGCCGCGCCCCCUGCCUUCGGGUCCCUGCGGAAGAACCAGAGCAGCGAGGACAUCCUGCGGGAUGCGCAGGCUGCAAAUAAAAAAGGGAAAGUACCACCUCCUGUUCAGGAGGCCGCAGACGGUGGCGGCCAGCUCCAUCUACUCCAUGUACACCCAGCACCAGGCGCCCGGCAAGAGCUUCCAGCAGGCCGUGCAGAGCGCCCUGACCAAGGCGCAGCCCCGAGGGCCGCACUUCCCCAGCGUCUAUGGCAAGCCUGUGAUCACUGCCCAGAACCCACAGCCCCCAGACAGCAUUUACUCCGGGAACCAGGGCAAACCCGGCGGCCCCGAGUCCGACACGGAGCCGGCCUCCUCCGUUCCGGAGAGCCACGAGAACGAGAGGAUUCCUCGGCCCCUCAGCCCCACCAAGUUACUGCCUUUCCUGUCGCACCCCUACCGAAACCAGAGCGACGUUGACCUCGAAGCUCUGCGCAAGAAACUGUCCAACGCCCCUCGGCCCCUGAAGAAGCGCAGCUCCAUCACAGAGCCAGAGGGGCCCAACGGUCCAAACAUUCAGAAGCUCCUGUACCAGCGGACCACCAUCGCUGCCAUGGAGACCAUCUCGGUGCCCUCCUACCCGGCCACGGCGAGCGCAGUGACCGCCGGCCCUGAGAGCCCCAUGGAAAUCCAGAACCCGUACGCACACGCGGAGCCAGAGAAGGAGGUGGCCUGUCUGGCCCCUGAGCCCGUGUCCCCGGAGGCGGCCGCCCACGCCAGCACAGCGAACAGUGACGUGCCAGCUCCUCCCCUGGGCCUGGAUUAUGUGUCCGAAGGCGCCCCGGACACUGGCCCAAGUUUCCCGAAUAACGUGGAAGAACCGAAUCCAGAGGCUCCCCACCUGCUGGAGGUAUACCUGGAGGAGUAUCCCCCUUACCCUCCGCCACCGUACCCCUCGGGGGAGCCGGAGGGGCUGGGGGAAGACUCCGGGAGCCUGCGUCCUCCUGAGAUCACCGGGCAGGUGUCGCUGCCUCCGGGCAAAAGGACCAACUUACGUAAGACUGGUUCUGAGCGAAUUGCCCAUGGAAUGAGGGUGAAGUUCAACCCCCUGGCUUUGCUUCUAGAUUCAUCUCUGGAGGGAGAAUUUGAUCUUGUACAGAGGAUUAUCUAUGAGGUGGAGGACCCGAGCCUGCCCAACGACGAGGGCAUCACGGCGCUCCACAACGCCGUGUGCGCCGGCCACACAGAGAUUGUGAAGUUCCUGGUGCAGUUUGGUGUGAACGUAAAUGCUGCUGACAGCGACGGGUGGACCCCCCUGCAUUGCGCUGCCUCCUGCAACAACGUCCAGGUGUGUAAGUUUCUGGUGGAGUCGGGGGCCGCCGUGUUUGCCAUGACCUACAGCGACAUGCAGACGGCCGCGGACAAGUGCGAGGAGAUGGAGGAGGGCUACACGCAGUGCUCCCAGUUUCUGUACGGCGUCCAGGAGAAGAUGGGCAUCAUGAACAAAGGCGUCAUCUACGCGCUCUGGGAUUACGAGCCUCAGAACGAGGACGAGCUGCCCAUGAAGGAGGGAGACUGCAUGACCGUCCUCCGGCGGGAGGACGAGGACGAGGUGGAGUGGUGGUGGGCGCGCCUGAGCGACAAGGAGGGCUACGUCCCGCGCAACCUGCUGGGGCUGUACCCAAGAAUUAAACCAAGACAGCGGAGCUUGGCCUGAAACCUGAUUGAAGGUAGUUAAUGAAGAACUAAUCUCUGUUACCGCUAAGAAGUCAUAGGAUUGUUUGGGGCACAAUCUCACAAGACUUAUUUCAGUGACGCCGUAACGUGAGAGCCGUGAGAACGCUCUGGAAGAAAUGAAGGAUGGAAGAACUCCCUGUUGGUGCAGGACGGCGGCACCAGGAAGUGGAGCUCGGGCGGAAGUGGCCUCACUGCGCGGGGACAGGCGUGCCAGGAGCACUCAGACACAGCGAAGCCUCUUUCCGCCAGAAGCAGGCCCUUGUCGGGCUCCUGGGAGACCCUUGGGGUUUCCAGCACCUGCCCCUGUGCCUGUCCCCCCAGGGGAAGGACCAGGGCUGUCACGGGCCACCCUGGGCCGCCUCUGAUGGCCCCAGCACCAGCUGCCCUCGGGGACCCCAUGAAGGCUCGAAAGUGCACACGCCCGUGCCCUGUCCGUGAAGAGCAGUUGGUAGCCAGUGAGCAGCGACUUAUUGUUACACGUGCUUGUAGCAUUUUAAGAAUUACGCAUAUAUUUGAAAUAUUGAAACCAAGCUACACUACAGAUAAUUAGGUUUGGAAUCUUGUUUUUAGGCCACAUUUGAAUCUAUAUUUAUUGCCUUUUGUAUCUUGGAAAUGACUUGUUAUAGAAUUACCCGUAAUACUUAGCAAGACCAUAGGUGACUUUGAAAACAGUUGUAAUAAAAGUACAUGUGGGACUUUG